GCACAUCACGCUCAUAUUUAUCACUGGCAAAUAAACACCAACACACCCACAGAGAGAGAGAGAGACAGAGACAGAGACAGAGAGAGAGCGCAUGUGAGAUAGAGAUUUGGAAGCCGUACGUGGCUGCAAAAAUGGAAACGAGUGCGUGCAGAGCUCAUUGUUUAGUCUUAGCCUAUCCAGCUCAAGGACACAUUAAUCCCUUGCUCGAAUUCUCCAAGCGUUUGGAGCACAAAGGAUCGGUAAAAGUUACACUUGUUACCACCCACUUCAUCUCCAAGAACAUGCAUAAAGAAGCCAGCCCCAUUGCACUCGAGACCAUCUCCGACGGCUAUGACGAAGGAGGGAUAGCGCAGGCAGAGAACAUCCAGUCCUAUUUUGAGCGCUUUCGUCGAGUGGGGUCGCAGACUCUGACGCAGCUCCUCGAGAAACUUUCUAGCUCAGGCUGCCCUGUUAACUGUAUUGUUUACGAUGCUUUCUUGUCUUGGGCUCUAGACAUAGCCAAAAAGUACGGGUUAUUUGGGGCUGCGUUUUUCACUCAAUCCUGUGCUGUUGAUAUUAUAUACCACCAUGUCCACAAAGGAGUGCUGAAACUCCCUCUCUCGGAGCCGGAAGUUUUGCUUCCUGGUUUGCCACCUCUUGAACCUCAGGACAUGCCGUCCUUCAUUUAUAACUUGGGAUCCUACCCAGCUUUCUUUGACAUGGUUUUGGAGCAAUUCUCCAGUGUUCACAAAGCUGAUUGGGUCCUUUGCAACACGUUUUAUGAGCUGGAGGAAGAGGCGGUGGAUUAUUGGAUGUCAAAGAUAAUGUCAUUGAGGACAGUGGGGCCAACUAUUCCAUCAAUGUUCUUAGACAAGCGGCUUGAAGGUAACGAAGACUAUGGUUUCAGAAUUUUCAAACCAAACACCGAUUCUUGCCUGAAAUGGCUAAAUGAUCGUCCCAAAGGGUCUGUUGUUUAUGUUUCUUUCGGGAGUUUGAUCGUUCUAGAAGCUGAGCAAUUGCACGAACUAGCUUGUGGUUUGAGGAUGAGCAACAACUAUUUCUUGUGGGUGGUCAAGGCCUCAGAAGAGGUAAAGCUCCCCAAAAACUUUGUGGAGGAGACGUCGGAGAAGGCAUUAGUGGUUGAAUGGUGUCCUCAGUUGGAGGUCUUAGCACACGAGGCAGUGGGUUGCUUUGUGACACACUGUGGGUGGAACUCAACGUUGGAGGCCCUGAGCUUGGGUGUUCCCAUGGUGGCAAUACCACAACGGACAGACCAAAGCACGAAUGCAAAGUAUAUUUCGGAUUUUUGGAAGAUGGGACUUAAAGCGCCAGUUGAUGAGAAAGGGAUAGUUAGGCGAGAAGCAGCAGAGCAUUGCAUAAGGGAAAUAAUGGAGGGGCGGAGAGGAAAAGAGAUAAAGGAAAAUGCCUUAAAAUGGAGGAAAUUAGCAAAAGAGGCAGUUGACAAAGGUGGAAGUUCUGACAAAAACAUUGAAGAAUUUGUAUCUAAAUUGGUUUGCUCCUAAGUUGUUGUCAGUUCGGACCUGUCGAAACAAAAAUGUAAUGAUUUCUCUUGUUGACAAUUAAAUGGCUCAAAACCUGUCUUUAGCUUU